CACUCGAAAUAUCGUUCACUGACAUAUAAAAGAAAAAGUAUCUCCUUGACUCCUUUAUUGGAUAUAUACUUGAUUUCGCACAACCCACGCACCCUAACGUUCUUGGUACCUCCAUCCUUGGUUCUCUUGACCUUGUUGUCUUGUGUGCUCAGGGCAAAAGUCAGCUAAAAUUAGGAACUCACGUUAUCCUCUUCGAUGACAAUAUUGUAAAGGUGAAUGUUAAGAUCUACACACUGGCCGUCUAAAAUAUACCUCGUUAGAUCGUUGACGUAAUCGUUUAAUCCUGUUUCAGCGUUUCCUGUCGAAUCGAACAUUUUUUAUGAAAGUGGACAAAUAUAUAAAGAAUAUACAAAUACAAAUAGCAUUUAGAAUAAAAAAAAUAUCCUAGACUUUCAUAAAAAAAAGAAUAGAACAAUAUGAUCAUUCUUUAUGUGUGCGGUAAGGGAUUAAUACUGUAAGUCGAAUAAUUAACACGACGGGAAACAUGCAUUCGCUGUCUAAAGCAGCAGCACUCUUACAACCACUGUCUGACACUUGAUCGCGUGGUCCCCUCUCUUUCUCUGCUGACAUCACGAUACAGAGAACUGGUCAGCAAGUGUAGUUCAGUCCAUUGGGUGACAGACGGUGUACGUCGUGGGAUUUUCAUUUCCUUUCUUCUAUCGUCGUCACAGGGACAUAAAGAUGGAUCCUGAGGACGAGUCUGUACAAACUCACCUCUUGGACAAUUACACUGCCGUUCCAACGCCAUCUCAGAAUAUUUAUAAAUUAUUACUGGAUAGUUUGCGUUCAAAGGAUAUCGGAUCAUUCAAGAAUUUGGUCGAGCAAAGCUUGAAAAAACAACCAUCCAGUAUCGACAUAAACUAUCCUUAUCCAAAUCGAUCGGACGAAACUUGCUUGGACAUCGCCUGUAAAAAUGGCCUGCCAGAAUUCGUGAGAUUUUUACUGGAAAAAGGAGCUAAAGUGAAUACGAUUAACGAAGCUCAUAAUCGUGGACCAAUCCACUUUGCCACGGAAAAUGGACACGUCCAAGUUCUCGCUGUACUCCUGGACGAGCCUACGUUAAAUCCCAACUUGGAAGCGGGACAACAAACUGCUCUGCAUAUGGCUGUGAAGAAGAACGACUUGAAUUGCGCAGAGGUGCUUCUAGAGAAAGGCGCUAGUCCCAAUAUUCCAAAUAAUAAAGGGUUGACGGCUCUCCACAUGGCGGCUAUGAAGGGUCAAAAAGAUAUGGUGAAUCUGAUCCUGCAAAAAUCAAAACACGGCCUGGACUUGGAUAAUUAUAAAGAUUACAAUAAUCAAACGACAAGAGACGUUCUACAGAAAAAGUUCACCGAUAUUCCGCUUCCUGCCGUUCAGAAUAGAGGUGUAAAUGUUCAUGAUUUGAAGUAUUACCUGAACGCAAACGACGAGGCUAAUUUUAUCAAGUCCUUGAAGCUCGUCCAGGACGACGUGGUGAACAACGUAGCGGAAGAUUUGAUUGAAAUGGCUGUCCAAAGGAAUUUUAAAGACACAGUUGCUGCGUUGCUGAAAAGGACCAAAGGGAAUGGUUGUAGUUUGGAGAAAUCUGCAAAUAUUGCGAUUCAGCAAGGUUUGCCGAAUAUCCUUCGGCAAAUAUUGAAUAUGGACACUGAGAUCGAUAAGAAUUUCUUACUUUUAAAUGCUUGCGUGGAAUUGGGUAUACCAGGAAACGAAGGAUCAGAUAGUAUGUCCAAUCGUAUUGAAUGUCUAAAGAUAAUACUCGAGAGAGGCGACGACGUCGUAGACGUGCGGUGCGCAGACAGUAAAGGAAACACUCCGUUACAUUACGCAGCCAGAGCAAACUGUCGCGAAGCAGUGACACUAUUGCUCGAAAAGGGAAGUUAUAUCGGUCAGAUGAACAACUUUGGAGUACCGCCUGUUGAAGAUAUUUCCGUGUCCAUGUUAUCCCAAUACUUCGACGACUGUAUUCAAGCUAGAAAAGAACGAACAAACGAGUACACGAUCGAAUUCGAUUACAAAUGUCUAAUGCCUCACGAAUAUACGUCUUACCAAGAGAAGAAUUCGAUGAAUCAGGGGAAACGAGAGAUGGACAUCUUCCGGUACAUCGCUGACAAUAGUGGUUUGAAACAUUUGCUGAAGCAUCCUCUUCUAUCUUCAUUCUUGUACCUAAAAUGGCAUAAGAUUAGAUAUCUUCUUUACCUAAAUUUUGCCUUCUACGUUCUCUUUUAUCUAUCUCUAAAUGCAUAUAUUUUACAUGUAACUUACAUAAAGGAUCCAAAAAUGGUAACAAACUCGAGUGACUUAGAUGGAUCAAUUAAAUCAACAUCCGUCAACCUUUUACAAAUACUCACAGGAAUUUUGUUAAUAUUCUUAGCGGUUAGAAAGAUCCUUCAGCUGAUCUCAUCUCCUUGUCAUUAUGUAUCUAGCUUUGAGUACUGGUUAGAAAUGACGUUGAUAUUCCUUGGAUUUGCUACGUUAUGCGAUGCAGGCACACAAUUCGCCGUUACAGCAAUACUAUUAUCCGCUUGGGAGCUGAUCAUCCUGAUUGGACAGCAUCCACGAAUGUCUACUGGUAUUGAGAUGUUCAAAACAGUAUCACUCAAUUUCAUGCGUUUCCUCUUUCUCUACGCCUUUCUCAUCUUCGCCUUCGCUUUGGCUUUCUUCACUCUAUUUAAAAACGGUGACGAUGAUAACUUCCCCGAUCCUGGACACUCGUUGUUCAAGACGAUCAUUAUGCUCACCGGAGAGUUGGAUGCCAAUGACAUACCCUUUGUAUUGCAUCCAGUUUUGAGUCAUCUAGUGUUUGUUCUGUUUGUUUUCCUCAUUGCAAUUGUAUUGUUCAAUUUAUUGAAUGGUCUAGCUGUGAGUGAUACAGCGGAUAUUCUUGGAAAGGCAGAAUUAGUCGGGUUGAUUUCUAGGGUACGAGUACUGGCUUACAUUGAAAAUGUGGCUGUUACUGUUCCUUUUAUACACGGGCCACAUUGUUGUAUUUGUUAUGGUAUUCUGCAUGGCUGGAAGUGGAAUCCUUUUGCGUUCCUUGGUGAAAAGGUACUUCUUUUUCCAAAGUAUUUGAAAAGUGGCAAGCUAAGUGUUAAGCCGUAUGACAGUCUAGAGGCGUUUAAUAAUAGGAAGUAUUAUAAAGUACGUUCAGAUGAGAACUCAAAGGGUAAAGUGUUUCCUACCUUCAAGAUGGAUCCUCAUAUUAUUAAACAAGCUAAAGAAAUUCUGUCAAAGAGAGGCCAGGAAUCGGAUAGUGACCGGGUGAUCAGACAGCUGGAGAUGAUGAAGGAAAGAUUAGCUUUAAUGGAGAUUACUUUAAAUACCAUAAAACAGGGAAUUGAAAAUAAUAAUUUUAAUGUUGCCAGAGAAGAUGAUUAAAAUUCAUUAAUAUGUUGUAACAUUUAUUGAUACGUAAUUAGUACCUGUAGAAAACUGAGAUGGUAAUUCUACAUACUAUUAGGUUCUGUUGAUAUACUAUAUGAUUUAUAUUUUAAUACACUUGCACUGUUUUUAAAUUAAAUUUAAUAAGCUAUUUAAUUGUAUGCAAAAUGGUUCGUAUAUCAAGUUAAUUAAACAAUCUAUGCAUAUGAUACAACUUUUAAAAUCUUUUAAAAAGACUGAUAUUAAGACUGAAUCAUACAACAAUAAUUGUAAUGAACACAAAUAUGGUUUUAUUGAAAUACAACAUAUAUAUAUAUAUAUAUGUGUAUAAUAAACAAUUCGUCACAUUAUAUGUAUAUGUGAACAAUUAAAUAGUUUAUCAGAUUACAAUAAAUUAAGAAUAAGAUGAAAUAAUUAAAGAAUUCAUGUGAAAUAAAAGAUUGAACAAUUAUAGCUUUAAAUGAAGUAAUACUGUUAUUAAAUCCAAGUAAUAUAAAAUGCAUUUCUUAUUUGGAAUGUAAAUUUUAUAAAAAUACUUUUAGUACCAGUAUUGUAGCAUAAACGUUGUAUCUUUAUAAAAUAUAUUUUAUUUUUUAAAUGACAAAAUAAAUGGUCGUUUUUUACAAUUUUAUAAUUUCACGAAGUGGUAAAUAUGAACAACUAAUGUGAUUUCCAAGUAAGGUAAGGUGGUAAUUUUAAUAACUUAAGAUUAAAUUGAACCUUUUUUAUCAACAACUUUCAGUACAACCCUUAUUUUUUGUGGACGUUUUAAUGUUAUAUACAAAUACCAUAUGAAAACUUGUAGAGAGGUUGUAUAAUAUACCCAUAAUUAUUAUGCAAUAUUCUACUGGAUAUGGAUCAUUGUUAUUUAACCCGAAACAUCUUCUUGCGUUGUCUUUUCUCUUCCACGUUGUAUCAAAAUGUCGGUAUAAAAUAAAUUGAAAUCUAGCCUA